ACAUUUUCCUAGACAAUCAAUGAACUUAUCAAAAGCCAACAAAAAUCUUUCAUUACGUUCCAACAAAACAAUUGAAAGCUUAAGGAUCGAGUCUUAUUUUCAUCAUCAAGUAAUACUUUCUGCAGAAGUUUUGAGUUCAUUUUCAGCUUAUCAUUCUAUUCCUUCGGCUUAAAUUGUUAACGAACAAUCACAAAACAGCUGCUGUUCGAGUGGGAGAGAAGAUAAAAUCUGAUGAGUACGAGCGAGUCGCCGUCACAAUCUCCAUCACCAUCUCCGGUGCGGAGAAGAGAAAGUCCAUGGGGAUUGCCGGAGGGUGAUCACCGUCAACCCAAACCCCACCGUUGUAAUGAUCGUGCUGAAGAUGUCAUCCAGGCUUGUUUUGAAGGAAAUCCAUUUAACACUGUUCCAGGCCCUUUUAAGCUUUUCUGGCGAUGCAUGCGCUCGAAACCUGGAGAGGAGCCGACAGAGCCUUUCUACUACUUGCAACUAGAUCCGCCAAGGAGAGAAGUUCAGCUCGAGUGAAGUCGUCAAUCAUUACUCAAUUACUUGCAUAGAAAUGGGCCACCAAUCGGGUAUUGCGAGAUGAUUAAACUUGGAACAUUUUGAAUUAUACACUAGUGCUCUCCUAAGCUCCUUGUUGUAAUUGGAGAGAGAUUACUGAAUAUGAUGUUCAUGUUAUUUUUACUCUGAAAUUAGAGUUUGGUGCCCUGAGCCUUGUGAACCUUGUUUCCCCUUCUUCCUCUUUUGACUUGUAUUUAUUCUUAAAUCAAAUUAGCCCCAUUGUCAGUUGUCAAUACUCAAUACUAUCAAUGAUUGCGAAUUCGUGCUGAUUCAACUCAAAAAACAAUGUGGAAAUUUUAAAGUAAUUGCAUAUAUGCUAAUGACUUAUGAAGGAUAAGGAAUGAAAGAAGAAGAUAUGAAUGGGGACUGAAAUUUUCUAGAAAUUGAGAGCAUUUGAACAGUUUUGUUAUGUUGAUAACUUGAUACUGAGAACAAUGUGUAUUGUGUUAAACAGAGUUUUAUACUACAUAUAUGUUGUAGUUUCACUGAUGUUUAGGGUGCUUUAUAUAUGAAUAUUGUAAUUUCACUGAUCUUUAGGGUAGACGGUGGUCAACUUUGCCAAUGCAGCUUCACAUUUGGGUGAUUCUGAACAUUUGUAACAUAUUCCUUCCGUUCUAUAAUGUUUUUCUCGUUUAUUUUUUUUGCAGUUUUC